UGAGUUAAAGAGGCGCUCCUAGCAGGAAAGCUAUGAGGGAUUCACGGAACCCGUUCCCUGUGUGUGACAAUGGGGUGUCACGGCGGCAGCACCCUGCAGGUGUGACAUGGAAGUCCCCGAGCGAGCGCUGACCUCUGAAGGGUUAAUUUUUGCCUUUUCCCCACCCUACACCCCCCCUUCCCGAAGGCACUUAUACCAUUGGACAGGAGAGGGAAUUCUCCUAUUUAACACUCUGCCAUCCCUCUGGAAGCUUCCCUCCUCCCGCAAGUCCCCUCCCCUGCCUGCCUUCCACUUCAUUCUCCCCACCUUUGUGCGCUCCCUUUCCCUCCCCCUUCUUCUCCUCCCUUUCGCCCUGGCACAGAACUGUAGGACAGGAUCCGAGGUGACCCGGUGUUUGGGACGUCCGCUGUUUAGGGCACAGCUGGCUCAGGCUUUGUACGACAAUGCUGCUGAAAGCCCAGAGGAACUGAGUUUCCGCAGGGGCGAUGUGAUGCUAGUUCUGGAGCGAGAUGCUCCAUCCCUUGGUGGAUGGUGGCGUUGUUCUUUGAGAGGGCAGCAAGGCAUUGCUCCUGGAAAUCGUCUUCAGCUUCUCCCUGAGACAUCACAACAGGAAAGCGAGUAUCAGGCUCCCCGUUUUCUGGGGGUCACAGCAGAGGCUGGAAGACUACAUAUAAAUGAAAAAGGAGCACAAGAAAAUAGGGAGGAGCCUCAAAAUCAUGAGACAGGGCCCCAGCAUCAAACUGGAACUGAGGUAUACCAAGUCCCUUCUAUUGCCCGUCUUUGUCUCUCUGCCCAACCCACAGAAGCUCAGGAUGACAUUUAUAACUCACCACGUCUGGUUGGGCCAUGUAUACAACAGCCAUUGGAGGUUUAUGAUACUCCUGCUGCACUAAGAAGAGAGCCAAUUUCAGCAUUAGACAUUUAUGAUAGUCCUGCGUUGAGAGUGAAGUCUACAGAUUCAGCUGCUGUGGUGCCUGAGGAGAUUCCAGAAGAUAUCUAUGAUGUUCCUCCUACAUUCAACAAAUCACCUUCUGAUGAUGAAGAAGAUGAGGGUGUAUAUUCUAUGCCAUCAAACUUAAAGCGGGUUUCAGGGCUACACAAUCUGUAUGAAGCUCCUGAAGAUAUUCUCAGCUCAGGACAACUCCCUGAAACUGUUCAACCACCACCAGCUCAACGCCUCUCAGUAUGCAGCACUGGCAGUACCCGUUCAGCAGACUCUUCCGGAAGCCGAGAGUCAAACAUUCCACCACUGUCUAUAUGGGAGCCUCGCAAUGAUGGCACCUGCACAAUGGAAGGCCUAAGGAUGUUACAUCAAGAACUGCAGGUAUCUAUUGUCCCUGUGCUUGCUGGGGCAGAAAAGAGUACAGGACCAGGAGGUCCAGAGGACUCAGGAACAGCUAAGAAAGUUUUAGGGGCACUGAGAGAUUUUCUUGUUAUGGCACAUGUUGCUGGGCUUCGUUCGUGCCAGGCCUCAGAUCCUGCUUUGCAUGGGGAACUUUCAGUGCAUCUAGAUCAGCUGGAACAUGCAGCUCGAGAACUUGUAAACAAAGGCAGUGAAAAAACACUGUUCCAGCUCAUUCUAGAACACAGCAAUUGCUUUGUGAGAAUAGUUAGUGCAAACGCUGGCCUCCUUUUUCCGAGACCAAGACUUUCAUCCAGUGAAAGUCUCUCCCGACGUCCUCUUCCUGCAUUGCCUACAGCCUCUCCUGCCAUCCAACGAAAAGGCAGCAUCCAGGACCGUCCUUUACCACCACCACCAACACUGCAACAUGUAGUAAGUGACCUUUCAGACGAUAUCCACAGCGAAUAUGAAAGAAUAAAGUGUACAGACAAUCAUUACGUACAUCUACAGGGUUCCAUUACUGCUCAGAAUAUAUCAAAGCACAAAGACAGACAAACAGAUAUGGGUCAAGUCAGCGCCCAGGAGGAGAGACAGAUUGAGCCUUUUCCUGAACUGUCUGAAGAGGACCAUCACUUGCUUCAUUUCUAUGCCACUCAGAGCCAUAGCCAUCUUCAGACACUGUUGUCCUGCGUAGGAACCUUCCUAGGAAGUGCCAGCUCACAGCCCCCUCGUGUCUUUGUGGGGCAUGGGAAGCAGUUAGUCAUUGCGGCACACAAGCUGGUAUUCAUUGGCGAUACACUUGGCAGACUGCUUAGUUGUCCUCAACUUCAGACACGAUUAACAGGAGAAGGUGCAGCACUGUGCCAGGCACUGAAAGAAGUUGUGCUGGCAACAAAGGAGGCAGCUGCUCUCUAUCCAGCCCCUGCUGCACUCAAAGCAAUGGCAGGUACCGUCUCAGUGCUCUGUACUUGUGCCCACAGCUUUACAGACUUACUGCAGCACCUGGCUAGAUGAGGUCCCAUUACACGGGAUCUUGCUUUCUAUUGGUGGCCUGCCGAAGGACAGACCUUGGCUCCACAGAUCACAUGCUGUACCAAAAGCCUGCUUGGCUUAUACUUUUUUUUUUCUAAACAAGUUAUUUAUUUUGUAUUAUAAAAGGUUGUUACACUGUGAUAUCUAAAUAAAUACUGUAAAGUUUAGCAUGAUAAUCAAUCAUGCUGCAGCUACAGAAUUGCAUUC